AUGGAAGUAAAUAGAGAUAAGGGGGCAGAGUUUUUAAAAGAAAAGAAUAUCGGUUGCUCAAAGGAUAUGCCAGUGAGAACAAACCUCGAAGCAUUUUUUGAAAUCGGAACUAAAGUAAAGGUGAGGUGGUCUGCAGACGAAAUUAAAGACACAGGAUGGAAACCAGGAUGGUAUGUGGCAUAUGUUCAGUCAGCUGAUUCUUAUGAAGAUCAAAUAGUAGUUGAACACCCUAGCAAAGCAGAUGAAUUAUAUACACUUGAUGUUUCCCCAUUGGUAGCUGAAGGCAGUCUAAAAUUAG